UUUGUCCGGCGCUGGGCGGGAGCGCGCGGGCAGGCCCGGGGCUGCUGCGGUGUUCGGCGGUGGCCUAGGGAGCGAGCGCGGACUCGGGAGGGUCGUGAGGCAGCGGACCAUGCUGACCGGGAAGAAGGCGGCUGCAGCGGCGGCAGCGGCGGCGGCGGCAGCGGCGGCAGCGGCGGCGGCGGCGGCGGCGGCUGCGGCCUCGGGGGCCGAGGCGGGCUCGGGGGCCGCGGGCGGCGCGGAGAACGGCGCCGAGGCGGCGGCGGCGGUGGCGGCGGCGGCGGUGACCGCGGCGCCCUCGGCCGCCGGCCUGGCGGGCUCGGCUGAGGCGGGGCCCGGGCCCGGGGCCGGAGCUGGGAGCGGGUCAGGGCCCGGCACGGAGCGCACGCCCCGCAAGAAGGAGCCGCUGCGGGCCUCGCCUCCCGGAGGCCUGGCGGAACCGACUGGCCCCGCCGGAGCGCCGCAGCCCGGCCCGGCCGGAGCGCCAGGACCUGCCGGGGCGCCCAUGGAGACGGGCAUCGCCGAGACCCCCGAGGGCCGCCGGACCAGCCGACGCAAGCGGGCCAAGGUAGAGUACAGAGAAAUGGAUGAGAGCUUGGCCAACCUCUCUGAAGAUGAGUACUAUUCUGAAGAGGAGAGAAAUGCCAAAGCAGAGAAGGAGAAGAAGCUUCCUCCCCCUCCUCCUCAAGCCCCUCCGGAGGAGGAGAAUGAAAGUGAACCUGAGGAGCCAUCUGGGCAAGCAGGAGGACUUCAAGACGACAAUUCUGGAGGGUAUGGAGACGGCCAAGCAUCAGGUGUGGAGGGUGCAGCUUUCCAGAGCAGACUCCCUCAUGAUCGGAUGACAUCACAAGAAGCUGCCUGUUUCCCUGAUAUUAUUAGUGGGCCACAGCAAACCCAGAAGGUUUUUCUGUUCAUCAGGAAUCGCACAUUGCAGUUGUGGUUGGACAAUCCAAAAAUUCAGUUAACAUUUGAAGCUACUCUACAGCAGUUAGAAGCACCUUAUAACAGUGAUACUGUUCUUGUUCAUAGAGUUCACAGUUAUUUAGAACGUCACGGUCUUAUCAACUUUGGCAUCUACAAGAGAAUAAAGCCCCUACCAGCUAAAAAAACAGGAAAAGUCAUUAUUAUUGGUUCAGGGGUCUCAGGCUUGGCAGCAGCUCGUCAGUUGCAGAGUUUUGGAAUGGAUGUCACCCUUCUGGAAGCUCGGGAUCGUGUGGGUGGAAGAGUAGCUACCUUUCGCAAAGGAAAUUAUGUAGCUGAUCUUGGAGCCAUGGUGGUAACAGGUCUUGGAGGGAAUCCAAUGGCUGUGGUCAGCAAACAAGUAAAUAUGGAACUGGCCAAGAUCAAGCAAAAAUGCCCACUUUAUGAAGCCAAUGGACAAGCUGUUCCAAAAGAAAAAGAUGAAAUGGUAGAACAAGAAUUUAAUCGACUGUUGGAAGCCACAUCCUACCUCAGUCAUCAGUUAGACUUCAACGUCCUCAAUAACAAACCUGUUUCACUUGGCCAAGCCCUGGAGGUCGUCAUACAGUUACAGGAGAAGCAUGUGAAAGAUGAGCAGAUCGAACAUUGGAAGAAGAUAGUAAAAACUCAGGAAGAACUGAAAGAACUUCUUAAUAAGAUGGUGAAUUUGAAAGAGAAGAUUAAAGAGCUCCAUCAGCAAUAUAAAGAAGCCUCUGAAGUAAAGCCUCCUCGAGAUAUUACUGCAGAAUUCCUUGUGAAGAGUAAACACCGGGAUCUCACAGCACUGUGCAAGGAAUAUGAUGAAUUGGCAGAAACACAAGUAAAACUGGAAGAGAAGCUACAAGAACUGGAAGCUAAUCCCCCCAGUGAUGUCUAUUUGUCCUCAAGAGACAGGCAGAUCCUUGAUUGGCACUUUGCAAAUCUAGAAUUUGCUAAUGCCACACCUCUAUCUACCCUCUCCCUUAAACAUUGGGAUCAGGAUGAUGAUUUUGAGUUUACUGGAAGUCACUUGACCGUGAGGAACGGCUACUCGUGUGUACCAGUGGCCCUGGCUGAAGGGCUGGACAUUAAAUUGAAUACAGCGGUUCGACAGGUGCGCUACACAGCUUCUGGAUGUGAAGUGAUAGCUGUGAAUACGCGCUCUACCAGCCAGACCUUUAUUUAUAAAUGCGAUGCUGUUCUCUGUACUCUUCCCUUGGGUGUAUUGAAACAACAGCCCCCAGCUGUCCAAUUUGUGCCGCCUCUUCCAGAGUGGAAAACAUCUGCGGUACAAAGAAUGGGAUUCGGUAACCUGAACAAGGUGGUUUUGUGCUUUGACCGUGUGUUCUGGGACCCAAGUGUCAAUUUGUUUGGUCACGUCGGCAGUACUACUGCCAGCAGGGGAGAACUUUUCCUUUUCUGGAACCUCUAUAAAGCUCCGAUUCUUUUGGCCCUUGUGGCAGGAGAAGCAGCUGGGAUCAUGGAGAACAUCAGUGACGACGUGAUAGUUGGCCGUUGCCUGGCCAUCCUCAAAGGCAUCUUUGGAAGUAGUGCUGUGCCUCAGCCUAAAGAGACAGUGGUGUCCCGAUGGCGCGCUGAUCCCUGGGCCCGGGGAUCCUACUCCUAUGUAGCAGCUGGAUCAUCUGGCAAUGACUACGACCUGAUGGCUCAGCCGAUUACUCCAGGGCCUGCUAUUCCAGGUGCCCCUCAGCCUAUCCCUCGACUGUUCUUUGCAGGUGAACACACUAUCCGUAACUACCCAGCAACUGUCCACGGGGCUCUGCUGAGCGGGCUGAGGGAAGCCGGGCGAAUUGCAGACCAGUUUCUAGGUGCUAUGUACACGCUCCCCCGCCAGGCAACCCCCGGGGUCCCCACCCCACAGCCCCCUAGCAUGUGAGGCUGAAGCGAAGCUCACGUGAAUCUGGACUGAAGAGACUUUGUCUCAUUAGACGUGAUGUGCAUUUGCUUCAGUAAAGCAAACUCCUCUAGCAAUAGUAGAUUUUACCAGGAAAUUCCUCCUGGUGUCUUUGUCCCCAUGAGGAUGAACAGAGCCAUGGGGUGACCUGAUGCCAAGAGAGAACCUUCCAGUGACUGGUUGGAUGUAAGGAGCACAUGAUAGACCGAGUUGUUCAGAAAUACCUGUUUUUGCUAAAGUUUAGGACUUUCAAAGAAGCAACAGCUGUGGGAAUACAGCUGAAGGAGUGACUGUCUCUUUGGUUUGGCUUGGGUAUUUUUUUUGUUUAUUAUUAUUUUUUAGAAUAAAAGUUCCUAUGAAAAACCACA